UUUGAAAUUUCAGUUGGCCAUGACGCGGUCAACGUGCACAAGUUUCUGUACGAGUCGUCUGAAUCAAAAGUAAACUUGACAGAGUAGAGUGAGCUUGUGUUAAUUAUUUGUUGAUAUAUUCGAGCGAAAGUGAACAUGAGUGAUAGUUUUGUACAAUGGCGGGACUCGCUACGACUCGACAGCGAAUCCUUUGUUAUCUCGGACAGCGAGGACGACGACAUCGUCCAGAGUUCCCUCAAACAACGUUUCUUGAUCGACGAGAGCCACGAGGAUGAUGUCGAUGAGUCGUAUAAUACAACGCCAACAAAAAGUCAAUCCUCGGAAGAUACACCAGUUGGUUUCAGGAAAAACAUCAAAAAGCUUCUUGGAAAGAAAAAGAUUGUAAUUUCAGAUGACAGCACAAGUGAUGAAACUGAAAGUAAUGAGGAUUAUAAGACAUCUCAUGAUGACAGUGAUAUUUCAGAUGAAGAUUAUAUUGGAGAUAAAGAUUACGACUCAUCAGUUUCAUAUUCACCACAUCAAAGCAAAGGUAAAAAGCGGAAAGAUGUUACUCAUGACAAUACCAGAGAAGACAUAAAAGAAUUAAAGCCCAACAGUUCCAACGAAUCUUUUGGAAAAAUUAUGUCCUUACAUGACCAUGAUACAUACACAAAAAAUACAACUAAACUUGAGACAUUGGAUCUGACAGAUAAAGUAUCUAAUAAUCUACCUACUUUUAAUCUUGAUUCAGAUUCUUGUUCCGGAGAAAGUGGAUCUGAAUUAGCAAUAUCUUUGGCAAAGAAAGAGAUCGGUGUUGGAAAUGUUAAUCCGAUAGUAGCACAAAAAAGGGCAAUGCUUACUUGCAAAUUGCACUUAUUGCAAGAUAAAUUGGCAGCGGCAAAACUGAUACUCAAUGAUGGUAAGAUUGAGGUAUUAGAAGAUAAAGGGGAAAAGUUGCGCGAGAGUGUACAGAAAUACGAACAGGAAAUCAAGCUAUUAAAACUCAAAUUGGAAAACACACCUCUAGUGCAAAAUUUUGAUACUAAGAAAACUGUUGCAAAGAAUGAGCCAUAUUACUCAGAAGAGAAAUCAAUGUUUGUUAAAGAUGAGUCAAGUUCUGAUCAAACAGAUUAUUCGUAUUUCGAUAUUGAUAAUAUACCGAUGAAGCCUACUACAUCUCCAGAAGUAAAAGAACUGGGUAAGAAGGCCCAAGAGACGAGGGAUAAAGAGCUCGCUUUAACAGUUGAACGAUUAAAAGAUUUACAUGGAUCUCUUGUGGCUCGACCAUCGGAGGAUGAGGUAGCCGAUGAUCCAAAGGGACUGAAAGUACCAUUAAUGUCACAUCAAAAGCAUGCUCUCGCAUGGCUACUGUGGAGGGAACAGCAAAGACCGUCUGGCGGUGUUUUAGCUGAUGACAUGGGCUUGGGCAAAACAUUAACAAUGAUAUCUUUGAUCAUGGCUACUCUUGGUAAUGAGGAUUCUAUGGUUGGUAACGAUGAAAGCGAUGACAGUGAUGACGGGUGGAACAAAAAGAAGCCUUUACGUCACGCGGGUGGCACCCUCGUAGUAUGCCCAGCGUCUUUACUGUCGCAAUGGGAAAAAGAAGUGCUGGACAAAUGCAAACAAGGUUCAUUGUCUGUCCAAAUUUAUCACGGUAGCAAUCGAGAGAAUGUACCUACCCGCUUGGCGAAGAACGAUAUCGUUAUCACGACGUACAACAUAGUGGCUCGAGAAUAUAAAAGCGGCUCAACUUUAUUUAAGAUUCACUGGAAAAGAGCAAUACUUGAUGAAGCUCACAUAGUGAGAAAUCAUAAAAAUCAAGCAGCCAUAGGAGUUUGCGGGCUUACAGCGGAUAAACGGUGGGCACUUACUGGCACACCCAUACAAAAUAAGGAAAUGGACUUGUAUUCUAUUUUGAAAUUUCUAAAGUGUACGCCUUUCGAUGAUAUACGCGUGUGGAAGCGAUGGGUGGAUAACAAGAACGCUGCCGGCCAUGAAAGAUUGGCGACCGUCAUGAAAACGAUAAUGUUGCGGCGGACCAAGCAAGAACUGCAGUCGCAAGGUCGUUUAGAAAGUUUACCCGAAAAGUAUAUGGAGGAAAUGAUGGUAAAACUUGACUCGCAGGAGCAACUGGUAUACGAAAAAAUUUUAGUUUACUCUCGUACUCUCUUUGCACAAUUCUUGGCUCAACGUGCAGAUAAAGAGCACAUGUUCGAUCUACACAGUGGAAAAUAUAACAAGCCAACUUUCUUUUUAAAUCCGAAUAAGGAGACGCAAUUUACAAAAGCUCAAAAGAAACUGUUGGCAAUGCACGCUGAUGUAAAAACGCACGAAAUUUUGGUGCUACUUCUAAGAUUACGUCAGGUGUGCUGUCACCCAGCACUGGUUCACGCAAUGCUCGAUCAGGAGGAAAUGCAAGUGAGCGGGAUUAUGGACGCGGAAGAUAUGAAUCCUAAGUUUUUAUCGCGGUUAAGUAACAUAUCAUUACAUGGAAUCGAUAGCAAUGAGAAUUCUGAAGAGGAAAACGAAGAUAUCGGCAUUGAUCGUAGAAUAUUACAGAAUGUACUUACUUCGGAGAAUCCAGUAUUCGACGACAAUCGCGUUAGUUCUAAAAUGAAAGCUCUACUUGACAUGGUAGAGAAAAUUUUACAAACGACGAACGACAAAGUUAUUAUUGUCUCACAAUGGGCUACUCUCCUUGAUAUUAUAGCAUCGCAUUUGGAAUUUAUAGAAAACGCUACAUUUGCCAAGUUCACGGGAAAGGUCGCCAUUAAAGAUCGACCGACUAUAGUGGAUUCCUUCAAUAAACCGAAUUCUGACCCAAGGAUUUUACUGCUGUCACUUACCGCUGGAGGUGUAGGAUUGAACUUGGUGGGUGGGAAUCACUUGUUAUUGUUCGACAUUCAUUGGAAUCCGCAGUUAGAAACGCAGGCGCAAGAUCGAAUUUACCGUUUUGGUCAAAAGAAAGAUGUAUACGUGUACAAAUUUAUUUGCAGUAAUACAAUAGAAGAGCGGAUAAAAGUAUUGCAAGAGCGUAAACUUGCUAUCGCGCAUAAUGUACUGAGCGGCGAGAGAAACAAAGAGAUCGCAAAGCUCACGCUCAAUGAUCUCAAGUCGCUAUUUGGCCUUUAAUGUGUAUCUUACGACGAACAGAGCAUAAUAUAAAAAUCUAUUCUUUUUUAAUAUAUGACAUAUAUAGAUAGAUACAUUUUUAUUAAAUUCCGUAUAUAUUCCAACAUAUAAAAUAUUAUUCAUUUUAUUUAAACGUACAAAACAUUUUUACUAUAUAAUUAGUUUAUAUCGCACGAUGUAUAUUUAUUUAUUUUACUAUAUAACAGAGAUAUAUUUUUGUAAUUUUAAUUCCAUAUGAGUAAUUGCAUUCUUUUCUUUUUAAAAUACGAAUAGAUUUAUCUGACUUUGAUGAUUAAUGCAAGCUAGUACGUAGGUUUUAUCUUUAAUAUGUAAGAUUGUUAAAGUUCCACGUAUAUUGUAGCGCAUAUUAUAGUUAAUGUUGGAUUAAAUAUAAAACGGAAUAAAUUUAAAUAAUACUUGGUUUACACAGUAUCGUAGAUGACCUAAUACUUAUUUAAACAUUAUAUAAUUUUAUUUCUUAAACUUAUACUAGUCAAUAUUACAUUCUAAUUAAUAAAUUAAGUUUAUAACGAAA